AAGUAUUCUUUAAUAAACCACGAUAUACCCCAUAGGCCCCAGUCCCACUCUCUUUUUAAACGGGAAUCUGUAGUACAAAAACAACUACUCUCUUGCUCAAGUCAAGUCAGUGGUCUGCAAAAAGAAUACCAUGAAUUCUCCAACUUCUUUGAUGACCAUCUCCUUGCCAGAACAAGAAAAACUCAUACACAAACUCCAAAUCUUCAAGAUUCAAGGUAAAGAUAAACGUGGCUCCACCAUCCUUCGUAUCAUCGGCCAACUUUUCCAUGCGAGGGUUGUAAGUGUGGAGGCAGUGAACAAGUAUCUACAGGAGAAGAUAUAUCCAAGUUUAGAGCAGAGACAAUUCUCAAUAGUCUACCUGCAUACAGGGGUUAACAAAGCUGAAAACUUCCCCGGAAUAGCUGCUCUCCGAUCGAUCUGUGAUGCUAUGCCGGAAAACGUGAAGAAUCAUCUGAGUGCUGUUUAUUUCCUGCAUCCAAGCCUGCAGUCUCGACUCUUCCUUGCACUUUUUGGCCGUCUCAUCUUCACCGGAGGGCUGUAUUGGAAGCUGAAUUACGUCACCAGGUUAGAGUUCUUGUGGGAACACGUAAAGAGAAAGGAGAUAGAAAUGCCUGAGUUCGUGUAUGAUCAUGAAGAGGAGCUUGAUGACUACCGUCCAAUAAUGGACUAUGGAAUGGAGGGCGAUCAUCCAAGGGUUUAUAUUGAUUCUACUGUUGAACCUGCUGUGUCAGUGUACUCAAUGAGGUGUAUUGCUUAGUUAGAAAAAGGAAAACUGUUUUAGGUAGUCUUAGAUGGGCUGAACUGAUAAUGUUUGCCGGCCUCUUAGGCUACUACUACUAUGUUUUAUCUUCUAAGUAUGGAGCAUAUUACUUUUAGAAAGCCUGCAAAAUGCUUAUUGAUUAUCUGUAGCAUUCCAGAUUUUAAUUUUUUUAGACUGUAAACUAAAGACCAAAUGAGCAGUAAUAGAUGUUUUCUCUAAAAACAGAACUAGAUUAGUUUCCUGUCGACAAA